AUGCUGAUUUUAAAACAAACUGAUUGUUUCAAUAAAAGUAUAAAAUUUUGGAAAAUACUUGGGAUAUAUCCAUUCGAUGUAAAAUGGAAAUACUACGAAAUUUAUUCGAAUCUUUUUGUCUUUUUGUUUAUUUUUUUAUAUGACGGCUUGAUGACAAUUAACUUUUAUUUCUUACCGAGAGAUCUAGAUCACUUUGUCGAAGAAAUGAUAUUUUACUUUACACUGCUAGCUGUGAUGUCGAAAGCAGUGACAUACAUGGUGGCAAAGAAAAAAAUUGUGAAGCUUUUAGAAAUACUCGACAGUGAAAUGUUUCAUCCAGAAACCAAAAAGGGAAUGCAAAUAGUUACUGCAGCAAAAAAGUUCAAUGUAAAGUACUGGAAAAUAGUAGCCGCAGUGUCAUAUUACUCUAACUUAGUGCAUAUUCUGACGCCACUUAUUGCUCAUAUUAUGACUCCAGUCCCUUUAUUGCUGAACAGCUGUAGUUACUCAUUCCUAAGUGAAGACGUCAAAGAAAUGUUCAUUUAUCCUAUAUAUUUAUAUCAAGCUUUUGGUAUGCACGUCAAUAUGCUUUACAAUUUAAACAUUGAUACGUUUUUCUUGGGGCUUAUGAUUUAUGUUAUAGCUCAGUUGGAAUUACUUGAAGAACACCUAACAAACGUAACCGAUGAAAAUACAUAUAAAGCCGGAACACUAAGAGCAAAUUGUAUACAUGAAUCAGAUGAUUCAGUUCUUAUUAAAAAACUAAAUAAAGCUAUUGUACACUACGAAAGUAUUUACAAAUAUUGCAGUUUGAUCGAAGAUAUAUUCAGUAUUACACUAUUUGUACAAUUCAGUAUGGCCUCAUGCAUUAUUUGCGUUUGUCUAUUUCGUUUUACAUUACCUGCAACAAAUGAAUACUAUAUGUUUCUUGCAAGUUACGUCACUAUAAUGACAAUGCAAAUCAUGGUACCUUGUUGGUUUGGAACCCGCAUCAUGGAUAAGAGUUGCCAUUUAUCUCAAGCAGUUUACGCUUGCAACUGGACUCCGCAGUCUCGGCGCUUCAAGAGUAGCCUGAAACUUUUUGUUGAAAGGGCUAAUCGACCAUUAUCUAUCACUGGGUGGAAAAUGUUUCCACUAUCCCUGAAUACUUUUACUUCUAUUAUGAAUUCUGCGUACUCAUUCUUUACACUUCUUCGGCACAUGCAAUCACGGGAAAUAUAAAAUUAUGAAAUUGUAAAAUAUUACCUACACAACAUUUUUCUAAUUAUUGUACCUAGAAAGUAGUAUAAUUAAACAAAAAAAAAAAAAACAACAUAAAAUAGUUAAUGUUACGUACUAUAUUUUACUAAUAACCUACCUAGGUAUAUUGAAAUCUUAAAAUAACAGAAAAAGUAUUUUUUUUAAUUCAUCAAUCAUGUUACCAUCUCCAAAAUCUUAGAGGUACUUUCAUGUAAAGGUUAGGUUGAGUCAUAUUCCAGUUAUUAGCAUCC